CAGCUAUAAAAUGCCUUCCAUUAAUCCCUUCCUUCCGGAGUCCAUCCCCCCAGACCAGACGCCGAGGUGGUGGAACUGGAAGCAACAUGUCAGAAAGGGGUGAGACAGUUUACUACUCACCCAUACCUCAUUCCCCUCCACCUCCAGAGCCCCGAUACCAACCACCACACAACAUGUCAGAAAGGGGUGAGACAGUUUACUACUCACCCAUACCUCAUUCCCCUCCACCUCCAGAGCCCCGAUACCAACCACCACCACCACCUCAGCAGAACUACAUCGUCCUUCCUCUCUGUUUCCCUCCAAGCCGGCUUCGCGUCCUCCGGCGUCGUCUCAUCGGCUUCGGUGCUCUCCUCUUGGUCGCCGCUGUCAUCUACGUCAUCUGGCCCUCCGACCCUGACCUCAAAAUAGUUCGCGUAGGUCUCAGCCAUUUCCAUGUGCGCACCUCCCCUACCGUCUGCUUUGACAUCUCCAUGGCCCUCACCAUUAAGGUCCGCAACAAAGAUUUGUUCUUCCUCAAUUACAGCUCCAUCGUCGUUUCGAUUGGGUACCGGGGGAAGCAAUUAGGGUUUGUCACUUCGGACGGUGGUCUUGUGAGGGCGAGAGGUUCUUCUUACGUGAACGCUACGCUUCUGCUAGAUGGAAUUGAGGUCUUUCAUGAUAUGUUGCCCUUGCUUGAAGAUUUAGCCAGGGGUUCUAUUGCCUUUGACACUAUUACGGAAGUCCAAGGACAGUUAGGUUUCUUAUUCUUCUUCGAUAUACCACUCAAGGGAAAGAUAUCUUGCGAGAUGCAUGUCAAUACCGUGAAGAAGACAAUCAUGCGUCAAGACUGCUACCCUGAGUGACUGGGAGAGGGUAUUGCAGAAGAAAAGCCUGUAAGAAAUUCAACGUUGCCGAAUCCUAACAUGUCCUAACAUUGCCUCACCCCUUGAGUAAAUACUCAGAUAUGGGUUUAGAAUGUAUAAUGUUAUUGAGAUAAUCAUAGUGGGUUAUUGAAGAACAGGUUUGAUUCUCCUUUCUUA